ACGACUCCUUCAAUGUCCUAAUAUACGUGUAAUUCUUUUUUUUUUCUACUUGUCCUUUACUUGUCUACCCAGCUGGAGCGAUUCCCGUCCCCCGAGCCAACUGUAGCCUGUAGCAUCAAGAUCAAGGCCAGGGACCGUCCCCAUGACUUAGGCCAGACGCAAAGCAACACACCCCACCAGCUGUCCACCGCCAUCACCAACACCACCACCAUGCGCCUCUCUCCGCUCAACCUGGGCUCCAUGUACCUCGUCAACAAGCAGCGCCCCAAGAACGGCCGCUAUGCUACCCGUGUGCCCUUCCCCUUCAAUGGCUGCCUGCCCCUUCAGCUCAGGGACAACGUCUCUGGCAAGAGUGAAAAACAACAAACUAAUCCAUGUGUCCAGGAAAUGUUCGUGAUGUUUUCCUGCUUCAAGAAGAAUGACUUUAAUCAGGCUCUGUGUAGUAAGGAGAUCCAAACCUUUGAAGCCUGUCAUAUCAAGCACCUGACCAAUGAGAAGAGGAAGAAGGAACAAGAGAGGCGGGGCAUCAUGGUUCCUGGUGAGAAGCGACUUGGUCACAAGCAGCUAAAUCAUCUUUUGGGAAGACACAAACAACCAUUGUAGUGUAAGGAGUUGUGUACAUAGUGUUGAAUAAAGUCUAGUUGUAUA